AUGCUGCCGCCGCCGCCGCCGCCGCCUCCUCCCGCCGUUCCUCCCACCAGCGCCGCCGCGGCCUAUGCGUCUCUUGCCGCCAUUGCGAGCUCCGUCGAGGGCCUCGCCUCCUUCAACGAGGUGCUCGUCGAGUUCCUCGACGAGUGGCGCGAAUUCCACCUCGACGCCAACUCCAUCGCCGCCGCCCUGCCCCCGCUCGCAGACGACGAUGCCGACCCCGACCCCAAGCCCAGCCCCGUGGGAGAGCUCGGGGCCCUCCUCGGCCACUGGAACCCCGUCCUCCCCGCGGCCGCCGCCGCCGCACCCCCCCUCGCCGACCGCGUAGCGGACGAAUCCAACCCUAGAUUACCCGACCCCGUCGCCGAGCGCCGCCAGCACAGUCCCGUGCCUCAAGACCCCCUCCACCAGCGGGACGAAUCCAUCCCUAAACCCGGCCCGGUGAUCGAGCGCCGCGAGCACAGUCCCCUGCCUGCGCCCCAGCGGCUCACCUCCGCCCCCGCCGUCCCCGCCGCCGCCGCCGACCCCGUCCCCGAGCCCGAGCCGAAACCCGCCCUCCCGGCCGAGGUCGGGCCCGUUCGCGCGCCCAAGCCCGCACCCAAGCCCGGCCCCGGCCGCGAGCGCAGGGCCAGCGAGCAGGAGGCGGAGAUGCUGGGGGGCAUCUGCGAGCAGAUGGGGUCGCGCUCGCUCCGCGGCUUCGUCACCACCCACCUGCGGGACCGCGCCUGGCUGCGCCGCGUGGGCCCGGCCGCGCUGCGCCGCGCCCCGGACCCCGCCGUGCUCGUCAUCCGCGCCGUCAGCCGCAGCUACAUCUGCGCCGAGAGCGAGAACGCCGAGACCGCCUGCGUGCUCCUCCUGGAGCUCUACGUGCGCGCGGGCUGCCCCCGCCGCCCGGAGGGGGAGGGGGAGGCCGAGGUGCGGGCCGAGGCGCGCGUGUCCGCGCUCUCGUGGCGCAGCCGGAUCGUGCGGGAGAAGGGCCGGGUCGCCGACGCCAGCGCCAGGGACGCCCGCGGCCUCAUCCUCCUCAUGGCCGCCUUCGGCGUGCCCCUCGAGUUCCCUCUGCAGGAGCUCUACCAGCUGAUGCUUGCCGGCGGCUGCUUGACCUGGGUCGACGUGCUCAGAUGCUCCCAGCCCUUCAUGAAGAAGCUGCGUGAUGUUGUUGCUGAUAUGCUGAACAGGGGAAGUUAUCGCGAAGCGAUUGGUGUGAUCCUUGCAUUUGACCUGCAGGAGGCGUUCCCGCUCGAUGGCGUACUGUCUUACAUCGUUGACAAGGUUGUGCGCAAUAGGAAGGAGCAAGAGAGCGAGGUGGAGUGUGAUUUGGCGGGAUCGAAAAAACGUGAUGAAGAGGAGUUGCUUCUUUGGAGAUCAAUAUCGAAAUAUGUGGAGGAGCGCACACCAUGUUUUUCAGAAAUGUCUUGUCCCAGUUUGGCUGAGAGGAUUAAGGUGCUAGAAGAACGCGUUGGAAAGCCAAACCAAAACCUUUCUGAGUGA